AUUCCAAACCCAUUUCAUAAAUCACUCACUCUCAUCUCCUCCAAAAAAUCAGAAAAAAGUGUAUAAUCUGAAUUCAAAUGGCACUCAGAUCCCUCGAUAACGCUCUCCCAAUUGCGAUCGAAAGACCCAAAAAACAAGCAAAAGUUGUUGUAACCCAGAAUCAGAAACAGACUGAUUGUGUUGUCAAUGACGAAAACAAAGCCCCUUUACCACCCGGAGACGCAGCGGUUGAUUACGUCCCCUCUGAGAAUCUUGAAGCCAUUGAUGACCCAGAUAGCAAAAUCCAUGGACUUGUUGGAGGGUUGGAAUCUAAAGAUUGGUUGGAAAUUUGUCGCUCAUUGAACGACACGAGGCGAUUUGCUCUGUUUCACUCUGCUCUCUUGCUGCCAAUUCUGGAUAAAGUUUUACUGGUGAUAGUUAAGUCGAUGAAAAAUCCAAGAAGUGCUCUCUGCAAAACUUCUGUCAUGGCUUCAGCUGAUAUCUUCAAAGCCUUUGGUGAUGAGUUAUUUGAAUCAUCUAAUUCUGAUGCAUUUGACAAUGUGAUUUUGCAGCUAUUGCUGAAAGCUUCUCAAGAUAAAAAGUUUGUUUGUGAAGAAGCAGAUAAGACACUCAUGGCAAUGGUGGAGACUAUGACUCCUCUUCCUUUGUUCCAUAAGCUUCAUACCUAUGUCAAACAUUCCAACAUGAGAAUCAGAGCAAAAGCUGCAAUCUCAAUAUCACAUUGUGUUUCUAAGAUGGAACUGGAUGGAAUGAAAGAGUUUGGAUUCGUUUCGUUGGUCCAAAUUGCUGUAAAUUUGCUCAAUGAUAGACUCCCUGAGGCAAGAGAAGCAGCUAGAAGUAUCGUGGUUUCAGUAUAUGAGGCAUUAACCAAGGAUGAAGAGCAGAAACAAGAGGUGUGGCAAAACUUUUGCCAGUCUAAUCUUCCAGCUAUUCAUGCACAAGCCAUAGUUAAAAUUGUCUCCUCCUAGUAGACAGACUCAUUCAAAUUUUUAGCACUAAAAGCACUUGUUUAGUCAGUCUUCAUUGUUAUCUUUUACAUGUAACCUUUCCAGGGUAACUA